AUGGGUCAUUUUGUAAUGGUGAAAACAUUCAAUGGGCAGCAUGCUUGUGAGAACAAGUGGCAUGUUACAGCCUUUACAGCUAGGUACAUUGCUCACAAAUAUGUAGACAAAAUCGGGGCAUGUGAGAAAAUAUCAUUGAAGGCCUUCGGAGGUUUUAUGCAAGAAGAUUGGAACGUGACAAUUAAAAGGGGCAAGCUAGGGAGAGCUAGGAAAAUUGCAUAUGAUAUCAUAUAUGGAGAUGGGAUUGCACAAUACAACUUACUGUGGGACUUUGCAAAUGAGCUGAGGAGAUCAAAACCUGGGAGUGUUCUGUUAAGUGCAGUAGGAAUGGACUCCAAUGAUUGCAUUUUUCCUAUUGCUCAUGCAAUGGUGCAGCAUGAGGACACCAAAGCUUGGAGGUUGUUUCUAACUGCAUUGAAGCAAGAUCUUGGAAUUGAAAACACUGAGCCAUGGACAAUCAUGUGUGACAAACAAAAGCUCCGUAACCGAUUCCCCGCACCGCCACCGCAGCGGCUCGCCGUCGACGGGCCGCGCCCCCUCCCCGUCCUCUCGCCCCGUCUCCCCUCAGUUCAAGAGACCUCACGCCGCGCCUCCCCUCGGUUCAAGCCCCUCGCCGCGUCGACCGGCUCCCCUUCGUGUCCGUGCGCGCCGCACCGACCUCACCGCCGUCGAGCCCGGUGCCUCCGCGCCUGCUCCGAGAACCCUCGGUCGAACACACCUCGGCGAGCGCAGUGCCUCCUGCUCGUCCCCGCGCGGUGCGUCCCCGAUCCUGGGCGCACCAGCUCCGAGCAGCAUCAACCCCAAGACCCUCUCCUUCACGCGCGUGGUCUUCGAGGAAUCGAGGUGCUGAUGGGCUCUCAAGGUGAUCUGCACGGCGGCGGCGGCGGCCGCCGCAAUCAGGGCCACGCUGAUGGACCAGAGCCGCUGGACCAAUCCUGUCGCCAUGAUGCGGCCCUGCGCAUUGCAAAUGCUUUUCUUGAUGAGGAGAUUAAAAACAUCAACAACUCACUGGUUGACACGGAAAUCAAUGUUAUAAGCGACAGUGCUGAUGCGGGGACAUUAAUUACCCUUUCCUACAUGGCCGUGGCCGUUGCUCCUGACCUCAAAGCCAUAUUUGCAAGAUCAGAAAAGCCUCCUAUCAGCGCUGCAAAACUACUUGUCCCCACGGAUUACCCAAGGAGUUCUCCUGUGCUUGUUGAGGAUGAUGAAGAUGCGCAGGAGAGGAAUGAGUUCAAGGCCAUGUCAAACUCGGUCCACAAGCAGUUCAAGCUUGCCCUAGCUGAGCAUAGGUCCAUCAAUGAUAUUGCAAGGGAAUGGGAUUCCUGUGUGCGUGCAGCUGUGCUGAAGUUAGCGAAAUCUUUUGGCGGAGGCACCUUCACCUCAAGGUAUGGCAAAUGGGAGAGUGUCUCGUCACUUGGAUCGAAUGGUGCAGCUGCUAAAGGGGAAGAUCAUGAGUGUGAUAGAGCUGAAACAACAAUCUCCGAGAAAUCCACAGGAAAAUCAGAGAUAACACCAGCAGAUGGCCAUUCUAAUACCAGAGGUCACGCCUGCUCCACUCCAGCUCUCUUCCCUCCGCUCCAGCCUCAAGCUCACAGAACCACUGCUCUGAGCACUCACAGUUUUAAGCAAUGGUACCUAUCUUCAAUACAAGGUGAUUUAGCUGAGGAAUUACAGAAGAUGGAGGUGAUCUAUAAUGUGAUCAUGGAGAGGCAGUCGACGAAUGAGAGGGAUGAUCUGAGUGAUCUGUGGCUACUCAUCAAUGAAGGUGUUAAGAAGUGCAAAGGUAUCCUCUUAGAAAUUCAUGCCUUGGGAGGGUCCUGGGAUCAGGAGAUCGACCCGAAAUUCAUCUGGUGAUCUCACUAGUAGUUGAACGAUGUUGGAACACGAGGAUGUACUUGGACUUGGUAGAGCCCACGACAUCGGGUUUUUUCUUCGUACAGAGUUGAAUUCACACGAUGAGGUGUUGUGCUUCUGCAACAAUCUGAAACUGUGGCUAUGCAACAUAUUGAAAUUCGCAUACAAGUGAAGACAUUGUUCAGUCGGCAGUGUAUAUUCAGGAUAGGGCUCCUAGCAAAUGGUUGUUCAUGUAUUCAUUUUCUUCUGCUUUCAGCAGAACAUGUUGAAUGUUGAUGUCAAAAUUCAAUCAAGAUGUUGA